AUGACGCACUCUUUACGGGCCCCUCUGCGCAUCCUUGCGCAGCAUAGUGUUGGUGCAGCACGAUGUUUCAGCGUUUCAGCCAUCGCCCAUUCCAAACCGACAUCCAAGGAGGUGGCAUCGAAAGAGGCUGUAUCGAAGGGUAGUUCGAAGCCGCUUGUUCGCGAGACAUCCGAAUCUCCCGAAGAGCUCAACUCGCGACCUCUUCCCUAUCUCAGCUUUGCGCUUGGAGUGCCUACGCCUCCGUCGGCGGCAAAGCCUACGUGGUCGGAACGUCGAGAGAAGUUGGUUUCGCAGGAUCAUCGUAUGGCCUCGCGCAAGGCGAUUGUAAAGGAAGCGACGAGAGGAUACUUUCACGACUUUCAUGCGAUCAAAUCGCACGGCGGUAAGACUUGGCGCGCACCCAAUACUCUCAUCAAAGACGAAAGAGCGCUAUGGUUCCCAAGAGUGGAGGGGACGAGGUUGAGCGAUAAAAAGAAGGUCAAUACCGUAGACAUGCUAAGGGGAAAGGUUAGCAUCAUCGCAUUGCUCGGCAGCAAGAUCAGUGAAGAACACACAAGGUCGACGUACAAAGAUGCACUCGAAACUUUCGCCACCCACCCAGCAUUUCAACUCGUACAAAUCAACUUGCAAACCAACCCGCUCAAGUCCUACCUCGUCUCACUCUUCCUCUCGUCCCUACGAACACAAAUCCCCCCCGAACUUCACGCCACCUACAUGCUUAGCUCGCAAGACCUCGAACUGGAAAAAGACCUCCUGGGGCUGCACAACAAACACGUAGGCUACACCUACCUCAUCGACCACCAGGGUCGCAUCCGUUGGGCCGCAGGCGCCUUUGCCGAACCCGCCGAAUCCACAGCCCUCAAAACUUGCACCGCCAUCCUCCUAGACCGCGCGCUCGAGGCCAAGAAACCCAAAAAGUAA